GGCUGAGGCCACGGGAGCUGUCAUCCGCUGCAGGAUGCCCGGGAAGCCCCGCAGUGGCCCUCGGGUUGGAACCCUUCUGUAACAGUAUAGAUGUGCAUCAGGGAGGGUUGGUCCUCGUUCCCGCCGAGAGAGGCUUUGCGUCCUUUCCGGCUUAUGUGGGGGACGGCACUGAGGCCCAGGGAGCUUAGACCGCUUUGCUGAGGUCCCACGUGGAGCUGACUGGUGGUAAAACCAAAUCAUCCGAAUCCCAGUCUAGUAAGCCUUCCCUUUUACCUGGAGUUCAGGUUUGGACUGCAGGGCUAUUUUAAACGUUCCGAGUAUUUACUCAAAAAUUGGUCUGUGUGUUUUCUGGGGAGAAGCCACACAGCUUUCAUCAGAUUGGCAGAGUUAAGGGUAACUGCCUUGCAGUGAGCUGCCCAGAAGAGUACAGCUGUUGACAGUUUCUUUUCUGGAAAGGCACGUGCUGUCAAUAUAACCUUUCUUAGCCUCAACAUUUUCUUUGGUGUGGAAGUGGAGAAAGGAGACUGGAGAAGGAAAAAUGGAGGUUGCUUCCAGCAUUUUUAAAGGUGAAAGGCCUUGUGAAACAGCAUAUAGAUUCAUUUAACUAUUUCAUUAAUGUAGAGAUAAAGAAGAUCAUGAAAGCCAAUGAAAAGGUCACGAGCGAUGCAGACCCCAUGUGGUACUUAAAGUAUCUUAAUAUCUAUGUUGGACUUCCUGAUGUUGAAGAAAGCUUCAAUGUAACUAGACCAGUAUCCCCUCAUGAGUGCCGUCUGAGGGACAUGACAUACUCUGCCCCCAUUACAGUGGAUAUCGAAUACACCCGGGGCAGCCAGAGGAUCAUCCGCAAUGCUUUACCCAUUGGCAGAAUGCCCAUAAUGCUACGUAGUUCAAACUGUGUUCUUACAGGAAAAACGCCAGCAGAAUUUGCCAAGUUGAACGAAUGUCCUUUAGAUCCAGGUGGUUACUUCAUUGUUAAAGGAGUUGAAAAAGUAAUUCUUAUCCAAGAGCAGCUAUCUAAGAACAGGAUCAUUGUGGAGGCUGAUCGAAAAGGGACUGUUGGAGCUUCAGUUACCAGCUCUACCCAUGAGAAAAAAAGCAGAACCAACAUGGCUGUGAAACAAGGAAGAUUUUAUUUGAGGCAUAAUACUUUGUCAGAAGAUAUACCUAUUGUCAUCAUAUUUAAGGCCAUGGGUGUUGAGAGUGACCAGGAAAUUGUGCAGAUGAUUGGAACAGAGGAGCACGUGAUGGCUGCAUUUGGGCCCAGUUUGGAAGAGUGCCAGAAAGCUCAGAUUUUCACACAGAUGCAGGCAUUAAAAUAUAUAGGAAACAAAGUAAGAAGGCAAAGGAUGUGGGGGGGUGGCCCGAAGAAAACCAAAAUAGAAGAAGCGAGAGAGCUCCUGGCUUCUACUAUUCUGACCCAUGUCCCGGUUAAAGAAUUCAAUUUCCGAGCCAAAUGUAUCUAUACUGCAGUGAUGGUGCGGAGGGUAAUCCUGGCCCAAGGAGAUAAUAAGGUUGACGACAGAGACUACUAUGGUAACAAGCGACUGGAACUGGCAGGACAGCUUUUAUCUCUUCUUUUUGAAGAUUUAUUCAAAAAAUUUAAUUCUGAGAUGAAGAAGAUUGCCGACCAGGUAAUUCCUAAGCAAAGGGCAGCCCAGUUUGACGUUGUGAAACACAUGCGCCAAGACCAGAUCACCAAUGGCAUGGUGAAUGCCAUUUCUACUGGAAAUUGGUCUCUGAAGAGAUUUAAAAUGGACCGCCAGGGUGUGACCCAAGUGCUGUCUCGCUUGUCAUAUAUUUCUGCACUGGGAAUGAUGACGAGAAUCUCCUCCCAGUUUGAAAAAACAAGAAAAGUGAGUGGUCCACGCUCCCUCCAGCCAUCGCAGUGGGGAAUGCUCUGUCCGUCAGACACUCCUGAAGGAGAGGCAUGUGGUUUGGUUAAAAACUUGGCCCUUAUGACACAUAUCACAACUGACAUGGAAGAUGGACCAAUUGUUAAAUUAGCCAGUAACCUGGGAGUAGAAGAUGUGAACUUACUGUGUGGAGAAGAACUGUCUUACCCAAAUGUGUUUCUCGUCUUCCUCAAUGGUAACAUCCUUGGUGUCAUUCGAGACCAUAAAAAGCUAGUGAAUACAUUUCGACUGAUGCGAAGAGCAGGCUACAUUAAUGAAUUUGUUUCCAUCUCAACAAAUCUUACGGAUCGAUGUGUCUAUAUUUCCUCCGAUGGAGGAAGGCUGUGCAGACCCUACAUAAUUGUUAAAAAACAGAAGCCAGCAGUCACGAAUAAGCAUAUGGAAGAGCUGGCCCAGGGGUACAGAAAUUUUGAAGAUUUCUUACAUGAGAGUCUGGUUGAAUAUUUAGAUGUGAAUGAAGAAAAUGACUGUAACAUCGCACUCUAUGAACAUACAAUUAAUAAAGAUACCACUCACUUGGAGAUUGAACCCUUCACUCUUCUUGGUGUUUGUGCUGGCCUGAUCCCAUACCCUCAUCAUAACCAGUCCCCAAGAAACACGUACCAGUGCGCCAUGGGGAAGCAAGCCAUGGGUACCAUUGGCUACAACCAGCGAAACAGAAUCGACACGCUCAUGUAUCUACUAGCAUAUCCACAAAAACCCAUGGUUAAAACCAAAACCAUUGAGUUGAUCGAAUUUGAGAAGCUGCCAGCUGGGCAGAACGCGACAGUGGCCGUGAUGAGCUACAGUGGCUACGACAUUGAAGAUGCUCUUGUUCUAAACAAGGCCUCCUUGGACAGAGGCUUUGGGCGUUGCCUUGUAUAUAAAAAUGCUAAGUGUACAUUAAAGAGAUACACCAAUCAAACUUUUGAUAAAGUGAUGGGGCCCAUGUUGGAUGCUGCAACGAGGAAACCCAUCUGGCGACAUGAAAUUUUAGAUGCAGAUGGCAUUUGUUCUCCAGGUGAGAGGGUAGAAAACAAACAAGUGCUCGUAAAUAAGUCCAUGCCCACAGUAACUCAGAUCCCUCUGGAGGGAAGCAGUGUCCCACAGCAGCCGCAGUACAAGGAUGUGCCCAUCACCUACAAAGGGGCAACAGAUUCAUAUAUUGAAAAAGUGAUGAUAUCUUCAAAUGCUGAAGAUGCUUUUCUGAUCAAAAUGCUGCUGAGGCAGACAAGGCGUCCGGAGAUUGGAGACAAAUUCAGCAGUCGUCAUGGGCAAAAAGGUGUUUGUGGCUUGAUUGUCCCCCAGGAAGACAUGCCGUUUUGUGAUUCUGGCAUCUGUCCGGACAUCAUAAUGAACCCACACGGCUUCCCAUCACGAAUGACGGUGGGGAAGCUAAUCGAGUUGCUGGCUGGCAAGGCCGGUGUGCUGGAUGGCAGGUUCCACUAUGGCACUGCAUUUGGAGGGAGUAAAGUGAAGGACGUGUGUGAAGACCUGGUUCGCCAUGGUUAUAACUACUUAGGGAAAGAUUACGUUACGUCCGGGAUCACAGGUGAGCCCUUGGAGGCAUACAUCUAUUUCGGCCCCGUGUACUAUCAGAAACUGAAGCACAUGGUGCUGGAUAAAAUGCACGCCCGGGCCCGGGGACCACGCGCUGUCCUUACCAGGCAGCCCACUGAAGGCCGAUCUCGUGAUGGUGGCUUGCGUCUUGGAGAAAUGGAACGGGACUGUCUGAUUGGCUAUGGAGCCAGUAUGCUUUUACUAGAAAGACUAAUGAUUUCAAGUGAUGCCUUUGAGGUUGACGUCUGUGGCCAGUGUGGACUUCUGGGGUAUUCCGGCUGGUGCCAUUACUGCAAGUCGUCGUGCCACGUGUCUUCUCUCCGCAUUCCGUACGCCUGCAAGCUGCUCUUCCAGGAGCUGCAGUCCAUGAACAUCAUCCCCAGGUUAAAACUGUCCAAGUAUAAUGAAUAAGGAUGGAGAAGAUGAUGAUUUGAAGAUGACAGCUGAUACCGCCAAUGCAAUAGAAAGCAGAAGGGCUUCGAGAUUACUCCCGUUCCUGGGAAUAAUUCCUUUGAGCAUUCUCUGUUGAAAACCAAAACAGAAAUUUGACAAAGAGGAUUUUUAUGUUCUGGAAGUCUGGCUAAACCACCUUGUCAUGAGCCUCAGCCAUGGGGAAGAUGUGACAGUGUGGACUGUAAUGCACUUCGACUCACAAAUGGAUGUGACUCACGGUUAUGUGUGUGUUCUGUUGUCUGAAAAUGUAUUCGUUAAAAAGACCUGACAUAAAAAGAAUGCUUGGGUUCCGCUGCUCGUGACACCUUCAGGCUAACAGCUCACAAUUCUGAUGAAACUUGGAAAUGUGAAGGAUCCAUCGGAAUUGGUCAACUUGGCUGUUAUCAAGGUGGCUGAUCUGAGCGUGUAAGAAGAAAGAGGACCAAUUGUCUGAGCUUUCUUAUCUGGUGUUUGAGGUGGAUUAGAUUCUCCCAACAAUUAAGUUUUGCCUUCACACACCCAAACGUUGUCAUUUUCAUCCUGGUGGGAUGUAAUAAAUAAAUUCCUACCUUAGCA